UUAGCUCUCUCAAGCGGAAAAAAAAACCUUGUUACUUUCCAUAAUUAACUUUAAUGGUAAAAUACUAAAAUCCUAAUUCUUGAAAUUGGAUUACAAUGUUCUUUCUAUGUAAACCCCUUAGUCCUCAGUUUCAUACAUCAAAACUCAAGUUUCAGCUUUUUGUAUCCUUUAAGAUGCAUUUAAUAAUAAAAAUAGAAGAUUGCUUAAUAUUCUCACUACUAGAAACAAAGACUUUUCCCACCGACAAUCAGUUGGAAAUUCGUGUUUUAAAACAUUAUUUUUUCACGUCAUUCCCACCGAACCAGCUCACCGGGAAAACAAAAUAGGUUCCCAUUGAAACGUUGGAAAAUGUCCUAAUUUUUCCAUGUGAAACUACUACUAUUUUUUUCUUUGAUCACUGAUUCAACCAAAAAAUCUAUGGGAAUAGCCAUGAACAAUUUUCAGUGGAAAAAUAGUGAUUUUCUAGUAGUGUCUCUAUCAAAAAAUAAGUAAAUAGAUUGCUUGAUACACUAAAGUGUCACUGUAACUUGUAACUGUGCUGCAGUGUCUCUUCAGGAAGGGACUUAUGUACAUUAGUUGGCUGCUAAAGCAGGGAUUCCAGACGAUAUAUUCCUAGAUUCUAUGGGUGUGUUCCGUACGAAGGGAAAUGUUUUCCUAGAAAAUGUAUAUUUUCUUGUGUUCGCCUGCAUUGAUGAGUUUGAUGACUGAUGAUAUACACCAAAGCCGAGAACUGGUUCUCAAUAAUUUUUUCCCAUCUCUUUAAAUUGCAUAACUAUUUGAGCAAAAGUUGCAAGAAAAUAUUGGAAACCAGUGAGGUGUGGGGUGGAUUCCUUAUCUUUCUUUUCCAUGGCCUACCUGGUUCGCACAAAUGUUGACAAUGAAAUGGUCAAAGCUGUUGCUGCAGUUAUCCUCAAGGGACACUGGGACAACCUUUUGAAGCCUAAGAUCGGUUCAUGUGUGACUUCCACCACUGUUAGUCAAGCCCUUCUUGAUUUAUCGCAAUCUUAUUUCUCCCUCUCAUGGUCAUUCUUUAAGUGGGCUGAAUCAGUUCCCAAUUACAAGCAUUCGUUGCAAUCUUCUUGGACUAUGAUUUACAUACUCACCAAACAAAAACACUUCAAAACUGCACAAGAGAUGCUUCAAAAGGUGGCGAUCAAAGACUUUCUAUCAUCACCGACAGUUUUGAAUGCACUUGUGAGCUCCAAUCUGAAUAAUGAUGUGAACUCACAUCUUUUAAGUUGGUUGGUAAUAUACUAUGCUAAUUCAAAGCUACCCCAUGAUGCAAUUCAGGUUUUUGAGCAUAUGAGGGUUUGUAAGCUUAUGCCCCAUAUGCAUGCUUGUACUAGCCUUCUGAAUUCAUUGGUCAAGGAUGGGUUGACUGAUACUUUGUGGAAAAUUUACAAAAAGAUGCAAAAAAUGGGGGUGGUUCCAAAUAUAUAUAUCUAUAACGUGCUUAUGCAUGCUUGUUGUAAGUCUGGUGAUGUAGAGCGGGCUGAAGAUUUGUUGAGAGAAAUGGAGUUUAAGGCUAUAUUCCCUGACCUUUACACUUAUAACACGUUGAUAUCAUUGUACUGCAAGAAAGGCAUGCAUUAUGAAGCUUUGUGCGUGCAGGAUAGGAUGGAAAGAACAGGAGUACGCCCUGAUAUUGUAACCUAUAAUUCCUUAAUUUACAGUUACUGUAGGGAAGGGAGAAUGAGGGAGGCUAUGAGGCUUUUCAAGGAAAUUAAAGAUGCUAUCGCUAACCUGGUUACGUACACUACAUUGAUAGAUGGAUAUUGUAGAGCCAACAGCGUUACUGAAGCUUUAAAACUGAGAGAUGCAAUGGAGGCAAAGGGCUUGUAUCCAGGGGUUGUCACUUACAACUCAAUUCUUCGGAAAUUGUGUGAACAAGGCCAGAUGAAGGAUGCAAAUAUACUAUUAAAUGAGAUGAAUGAGAAGAGAGUUGUACCUGAUAAUGUGACAUGCAACACUCUGAUUAAUGGUUACUGCAAGAUCGGGGAUAUGAAAUCUGCUCUUAAAGUGAAAAAUAAGAUGUUGGAAGGUGGACUAAAACCUGACCGCUUCACUUACAAUGCUAUGAUUCAUGGAUUUUGUAAAGUAAAGGAUACAGAUGGGGCCAAAGAAGUUCUAUUUGACAUGGUCAGGAUUGGACUUUCUCCCAGUUACUGCUCGUAUUCGUGGCUUGUGGAUGCUUACUGCCACCUGAUUAAUGAGGGGGCAGUUAUCUCAUUGCUAGAUGAGUUUACAAGAAGAGGUUAUCUUGUUGAUGUUUCCUUCUAUAGGGCAAUAAUAAGGAGGUUGUGCAAGAAAGGUAAAAUUGAUGGUGCUGAAAAAGUUUUCCACAUCAUGCAAUCAAAGGGAGUGCUUGGAGAUAGUCUGAUAUAUGCUACUCUUGCAUAUGCUUACUUUAAGGUUGGGAAGGUUGAUGCUGCAUCAUAUUUGUUAGACGACAUGUACAAAAGAAGGCUAAUGAUAACUCUCAAAAUGUACAAAGGUUUUAAUGCUUCUUACUCUGAUGAGAAUAGCCUUUUAGAUAUGUUUUGGGGUAACGUGGUGCAAAGAGGUCUGAUUUCGAGAACCGUUUACGAUGACAUCCAGCAAUUGAAGAUACUAUCUUAGACACAAAAUGGCUUCUGAAGCCUUUGAUUCUUGAGAUAUGGAUAGCAUAGUUUAAGUAGUGUGCUAUAAGCAUGAGCACUCUCUGCUAAUAAAUAUGAUUCUGUUGUUAUGCCCUCGCAAACUCUCUCUGGAGACAUGAAGCCAGAACAACAUUGUCAACUUUGCUGUCUGACUAUGACCAUGCAAUUUCAGGCUGGAGUUAUUCGGAGAGAAGUCUGAAUAUUCCUUAGUUUGUGCCCAUACUUCUAUUGAUCCUGUUUCAUGGAGUUGAUUAAAAUCUUAUGCAGCAGAUAUCCUUCCGUGGAGGUUGUUAUCAUGCUCCAUAAGUGUGUUAGCUUCAAAUUGUCAAGAGUCUGGACGUCACAUCAUUUUCCUCACUAAAUGCUGCAAGCAGUGCGCUGAAUGGAACCCCGGAUACCAAGGCUCACAUGCUCUCAAAAUCAUAAUUCCAAUUCUUGCGUGAAAAACUGUAAUAUGUUUUUCAUUCUCUUUACACUUCAUGUCCCUCAAUGGGGCAUUACCAUGUACAUUGUCCUCAGUUAAUAAGCAAUAUUGUACAAAGGUGAUUGAGCCAAUCUGCUGUUGAGCUUCUUUCUGCUGGGAAUCCUGGAAUAUAUCAUAUUUCAGGUGUAUAACGAAGAGAUUGGCAGUGGUUUGAUUGGACCUUUAAUAUGAUAUUCAUGCUUGGAGCUUGAAGGUAGCAACUAAUACUUUAUGAUAUACAUUGUUUGCGAAAUGUGGAAGGAUCUUUGAUUCAGAAAAGGUGUCCAGCAUGCUAAUACUGUAUGUUGGAAUUCUUUGUUGCUGGAUAUGUUUAAAUGGGCACGGAUGGAGGCAUUCGAACUUCUCACGGAAGAAAAAGAUGUGGUUCCUGAUGAAGUCUCCCUUGUGUGUUGUUUUAUCUGCAUGCUGCCAUUCUAGCUUAACUGAUCUCAAAGUAAGCCAUCAUUCCUUUGCUUGAAUAAUAUGCUUUGCAUGGUGGACUGACCUUUUUUUCUUUUCUUGACUUGGGAGAGCAGGUAAAUUAGGAUCAGCCAUUUAACAAGGAAAUGCAAUAAAAAGACACUGCAAAAUAUGGUUGGCGUACUCGUGUCGAAUGUGUACCGAUUCAAAAGUAGCUGGUUGCGCUAGCACUCAAGGGUGUGAAAUAACUGUCAAUGAAGUGGGUGAAAAUCAGUGGAGUUCAAGGUUCUAAUUUCAACAUAGACAAAAAACCGUUAGGCGAUUUCUUCCCAUAUGUCUAGUCUUGGACGGCAGAGUUCCCCAGUAACUGUGCUGAUGGGAGAUUUUCUGUGGUGACGAUAAUAGAGGCCACAGGCAGUGGAGAUCUGCUAUCUCCAAAAAUGAUGGAUAUGACUCUUGGCUGGCAUGAAGUUAGUUUGUCUUAACUUGGUUAAUUGAUCCAUAAGCAUGAAAAGAAGCAUUCAUGAAAGCAAUGAACUUACUAUGAAGUUCGCCUGCAUUUGUACUUAAUAUUCUUUCUCCGCACGAUU